AUGUCAGAUCAAGCACAAGUUGAAUAUCGAAAUCGAUUAGGUGUAUCAAUUGAUUGUAUUAAGUUUUUAUUACGACAAGGGCUUCCAUUUUGUGGACAUGAUGAGACAGAUGAUUCAAAAAAUCAGUUUAAUUUUUUGAAAUUUUGCGAUGGCUAUGUGACCACAACAAGGAUAUUGAAGUUAGAUAUGAGUGAUAAGUUAUUUUCUAUUUUUAUUGAUGAAUCCAAAGAUAUAUUUUCAAAGGAGCAAAUGUCAGUUGUAUUGCGAUAUGUGGACAAAAGUCAUGUGAUUGACGAACGAUUUGUUGGAAUUAUACACGUCGCCAAUACAAAUUCUCUAUCACUUAAGGAAACUAUUGAUGAAUUUUUUCCUCAACAUGGGUUAAGCAUUGCUAGUUUGCGAGGACAAGAAUACGAUGGAGCAACUAAUAUGCAAGGUGAGUUUAAUGGAUUGAAAGCACUUAUUUUGAAAGAAAAUGAAUGUACUUUUUACCUUCAUUAUGUUUCUCCUAAGCUUCAAUUAGCUCUUAUAGCUACUGCAAAAAAUCAUGUAGAAUUGUUGGUUGAUUUUAUUGUUACAAAUUUAGUGAAUGUUAUUGGGGCAUCAGCAAAACGUCGUGAUAUUCUACGAGAAAAUCAUAGUAUGACAAUUUUUGAAGCUUUGGACAGUGGUGAACUAUCAACUGGUCGAGGAUUAAAUCAAGAGACAAUGAUUAAACGACCAGGAGAUACAUGGUGGGGAUCACAUUACGGUGCUUUAUUGAGUAUUACCCGCUCAUACUCAGAUAGCGUUGCUGCCAACGGGCAGCCGGCGGUGCCGCCUCCUGUAGUCCUCUGA